UGAUAUAGGAUGGGAUCCCACUGUGCUCUGCUAUCUUUGCCCUGUUUCUAUGUCUGUGUAAACCGGGAUACUGCAUAUCAUCUGCUUGUUGUGCUCAAUCCAAAGGAAAUCUACAGCGCGUACACCUCGUUGGUUACUUUUUCCCCCGGACAACAAGAAUCAACCUGUGGGUGGUGGUGGCAUCAGGAUGUUAUAUUUGUGGCUCUGCCUGGAAAAACGUUGUUUUCACUGAAGCCAUUAAAAUCUAAGGCGCUUUAAUCUAAACGCCUCCCCUCCAAGCAGCAUUUAUGAAAGGGGGCGGGGGACACAGACAAAGUGGCCAAGAGAAUUGAUUUCGGUUUAUGAAUGGCAGUGACAUGGAGGAAAUUCCGUUUCAGAAAGUCAAAACCAGGAGGAAGAAAGGCCACUGUCCCCUUAGAUCCCCUUUACAUGAUAUCGCCUGCGAGGACGAGUUUGAUUGCAAAGAGCUGGAAUCUCUUUUCCAGAAUUACAACCUGAAAUUGGAGCAAACCGCGACUCUAAAAGCACUAGCCGUUUUGAUCAUAAUGACUUCAACUUUGGCCCUGGUGGAACUGAUGUCUGGCCCCAGUUUGACCAUUUCCAAAGGGUCCCAUCCACUUCACUGCAUUAUUUUCGUGUCACUUUUCAUCGUCACCAAUGUCAAAUACUUGCAGGUGACCCAACUGCAGCAAAUCGUCAAGCUGACCUUGCUCUUUAGCUUUACUUUUUCUUUCUUGUGCUGUCCAUUUUCACUUGAAGCAUAUGGUUUGGAGUCACCGACCUCCCCAGAGAAGGGGAUGUGGCAGUUAAUGUUAAUGACAUUUGUCGCAUAUUCCUUACUACCAGUGCGGACUUUAAUGGCCAUAAUAUUUGGAUUUAUGGUAUCUGUAUCUCAUAUCAUUGUCACCGCAACAUCUGUCACUGCCGAAAGACAGCGACUGUGGAGAACACUUGUAGCCAAUGCUGUCCUUUUUGCCAGUGUAAAUCUGUCUGGAGUGUUUGUGAGGAUUCUGACAGAAAGAACUCAGAGAAAAACCUUUCUUCAGACCAGAAACUGCAUAGAGGAGAGGCUGAGACUGGAGGACGAGAAUGAGAAGCAGGAGCGACUUCUAAUGAGUCUUCUGCCCAGAAAUGUGGCAAUGGAGAUGAAGGAAGACUUUUUAAAACCUCCUGAAAGGAUUUUUCACAAGAUCUAUAUUCAGAGGCAUGACAAUGUCAGCAUCCUGUUUGCAGAUAUUGUGGGCUUCACAAGUCUGGCCUCACAGUGCACAGCCCAGGAAUUGGUGAAGCUUUUAAAUGAACUCUUUGGAAAGUUUGAUGAGUUAGCCACUGAAAAUCACUGCAGGAGAAUCAAGAUCCUUGGAGAUUGCUAUUACUGUGUUUCUGGACUGACACAGCCAAAAACAGAUCAUGCUCACUGCUGUGUGGAAAUGGGAUUGGAUAUGAUUGAUACCAUCACGUCUGUAGCUGAAGCCACUGAAGUGGACCUGAACAUGAGAGUUGGACUUCACACAGGGAGGGUGCUUUGUGGGGUACUUGGCCUCCGCAAAUGGCAGUACGAUGUCUGGUCCAAUGAUGUGACCCUAGCAAAUGUAAUGGAAGCUGGUGGGUUACCAGGGAAGGUUCACAUUACAAAGACCACCCUGGAGUGCCUCAAUGGAGACUAUGAAGUAGAACCUGGAUAUGGCCACGAGAGAAAUAGUUUUCUACAGAAGCAUAACAUUGAAACCUUUUUUAUUGUGCCAUCUCAUCGACGGAAGAUAUUCCCUGGAUUAAUCCUCUCAGAUAUCAAACCUGCCAAAAAGAUGAAAUUUAAAACCGUUUGUUACUUACUCGUUCAGCUCAUGCACUGUCGAAAGAUGUUCAAAGCAGAGAUUCCCUUUUCUAACGUUAUGACUUGUGAUGAUGAUGACAAGAGAAGGGCGCUCAGAACAGCGUCUGAAAAACUAAGAAAUCGCACUUCCUUUUCUACCAAUGUAAUACACAACACCCCUGGUACAAGGGUAAAUAGAUAUAUCAGCCGACUCAUAGAGGCACGACAGACUGAGUCAGAGAUGGCAGAUUUAAAUUUCAUCACAUUAAUGUACAAACGUCCUGAGCGGGAGGAGAAAUAUCAUCAGCUUCAUGAUGAAUACUUCACCAGUGCAGUAAUUCUCUCACUGAUCCUCACUACCAUAUUUGGCCUUGUCUACCUUCUAAUAUUACCACAGAGUACAGUUGUUCUUGUCCUCCUGGUAUUCUGCAUAUGCUUCCUUGUUGCUUGUAUUAUGUAUCUGCAUAUCACUAGAGUACAGUGUUUUCCAGGGUGCCUGACCAUACAAAUUAGAACAAUUUUGUGUGUGUUCAUAGUGGUCUUAAUUUACGCAGUGGCCCAAGGAUGUGUGGUUGGCUGUAUGCCACAGAUUUGGAACAACAUCUCCAGCAGUUCUAUAGUGAGCAUCAACUCCAAUGGAGUGAACAAAACAAUGGCAGAGCUUUCAUGCAGUACAGCCCACUAUGCCUUUCUCUCGUGCGUCGUCGGGACUCUAACCCUUGCAAUAUUUCUACGUGUUUCCUCAUUGGCAAAAAUGAUCCUGCUCUUCCUUGUCACUAUUUUGUACAUAGUUAUUCUUGAAAUCAGUGGAUUCAGAAAAUCACUGGGAGGAGGUUCAUUUUACUUACGAGGAUAUGAACCGAUUUUAACAAUGUUGCUGUUUUCCUGUACUUUGGCACUUCACUCCAGACAACUGGACCUCAAGUUACGUCUGGACUACCUCUGGGCUGCACAGGCAGAAGAGGAGAGAGAUGACAUGGAAAGAGUAAAGCUUGACAACAAAAGGAUUUUAUUUAACCUACUUCCUGCACAUGUUGCACAGCACUUUCUGAUGUCCAACCCAAGGAAUAUGGAUCUUUACUACCAAUCGUAUUCGCAAGUGGGUGUGAUGUUUGCUUCCAUUCCCAAUUUCAAUGAUUUCUAUAUUGAGCUGGAUGGCAAUAACAUGGGCGUGGAAUGCUUGCGCCUAUUAAAUGAAAUCAUUGCUGAUUUUGAUGAGCUGAUGGACAAAGAAUGUUACAAGGAUAUUGAAAAGAUUAAAACUAUUGGCAGCACCUACAUGGCAGCAGUGGGGUUAGUGCCUACAACUGGAACCAAGGCCAAAAAAUCAAUCUACACUCACUUAAGCACAGUGGCAGAUUUUGCUAUAGAGAUGUUUAAUGUACUAGAUGGAAUCAACUACCAGUCAUAUAAUGACUUUGUCUUAAGAGUUGGUAUCAAUGUUGGACCUGUAGUGGCAGGAGUCAUUGGGGCCAGGAGACCACAAUAUGACAUCUGGGGAAACACUGUUAAUGUAGCCAGCAGAAUGGACAGCACUGGAGUUCAAGGGAAAAUACAAAUAACUGAAGAUGUGUAUCGAAUACUCACAAAGUGCGACUAUGUGUUUGUGUGUCGGGGGAAGGUCAGUGUGAAAGGAAAAGGAGAAAUGCUGACAUAUUUCCUGGAGGGGAAAUCCAAUGGUCCUAACCUACAGACCAGGUCAGCUAGUCUUGAAAAGAAAAAGUACCCUUAUGGGAGAGCCAACGUUCAAACAAAGUUGGGCACUAGCUGUCCUUUAGUAUCGCCUGUAGCGAGCUUCACAGUGAAAGCUGGCCUUGGAACCAUUCGGGCCUCUAGUGCACUUUCAAACCAGACUGCGCAUUGCCUUCCAUCUGUGCAGGAAGCAUGAAAACAUGCCAUUUUGGUCAAGGACACGUUUUGAUUGCAAGAGAUUAACAUUAAGCAGACUAUACAACAAGUUUAUGGAAAGGCCAUCUCAAUAGAAAUUUCAAUUAAGUUAUGCCUGAAUUCUCAUCGGAAGAUGUUAGGUAAUGACACAUCCAACUAUGACUGCAAUCCAACCAAAGAAAACUUUGGGUCCCUCUAAAAAUAACUUUUGGAAAGCUAACAAGGGCUAACACUUUGUUAGGACAGGUCCUAAUCUGAGGUUUGAAAGUGCUUAUAUAAAUUUCAGAUACUUUUUACACUCUUAAUGUGCUUUUUCUUGUAUUUCAAACUGGAUGGAACCACAUUUCAAGUAAACAAUAAACUCUUCCAGUAAAUCAUUAGAGUUUAAACCGAGAAUAAAAGAUUCAAAUAUACCAAAAUUUGUUUAAUGGUAUAUAACAAUAAGUCACUCCUACUUAAAUAGGUAAGAAAUCGUGGAAGAGAAUGGGGCUGAUUUAUUCAACAUACUUUGACAUUUUAAGAACUUUACAUAAUAAUCAAAUGAGUAUAAAAUGUUCCAUUCCACUCCACUGACACAAAUAUGUAUUUUCAUCCUGGGGGUGGGGAAAGGUUAAUAUAACUGCUGUUAAUAGAACAUUUAUUUAUGCCACAUGGGAACAUGUAGCGCAAUAUGUGCCCUUUUAAAUUGUGCAAGUUAGUAUAGACUGUGAGAAAUGUCUAUGGCCUAUUCAAUCUGAAGGAGUAACAUAAAGAGCAUCCAAGUGAUGCCUAGUGUUGUACGGCAAUGUUUUAUGUGUUUAGGAACAAAAACACAUUUUAUCUCUGUUUAGUAUGUUGGUUGAUGAAAACUUACAGAUAAUAAGAGCAAAUAGCCCAAAGGUUAGGCAUGACAUUAUUUAAUCCUACCCUGUCAGUGGAAAUGUUGGUAUUCAGAAAAUGGUGAACCUAACUGAGGUGGAAAAAAAAGUGUGAGUACAUUCGACUCUAUACCCAACAAGAUAAUACUCAACAAGAUAAGUGUAUAACUGAUUUCCACUUUUUACUGAAGCCCAUGUUAGGUGUGAAAAAGAAAAUAUAGCUCACCUUUAAAGUUCUAGGUCCCUGUCAGAGCAGUGUUCUGAAGUACAGUGUAAUAUAAUCUACAUAAUUAUUGUUACAGAAGUGGUCACCCAGUGUACUGUUAAGUUGACAUAUUGAAGAUAUGAGUGUAAAUAUGAAUCGUACUUGAAGAUCUCAAACGGCUCUCUCCUAAUAUAGUAUUGCAAUGAUGAUGUUUUCAAGGAAUGUUUUAAAAAGUUACAUUUACAAAGGUUUGUUUGGUAUUUAUUUGCCCGUAAUGUAAAUGGACCAUCAUAGAUUCCUGAAAGCAUUCCAUAAUUCAUACAAUGUGAAAUACGCUACUAGUAAAUUGCCUGAUGGUUUCCACUCUUACAGUACACACUCAGGAACUAAUAAGUUCUAAUCUUCCAAAUGAAAUGUCUUAAUAGAAUAGAAUGAUGUCAUAGGGGAACAUCUUCAAAUGUGCUAAUCCCUUAAAAAAAUAAACAUUUUAUAUUAAUGUAUUGACUUUUGAUCAUACUUUCUAAGGAAAUACAUCAAGAGAACAACUAUAGAACCGGGAAUGCCACUGGCUUUCUUAACAACUUACCAUCUCUAAA